AUGGCGCUUUCAUGUGGUAAAACAAUGCUCGUGGGACUUUCUGUUAUUUUUAACAGUAUAUUCUUUCUAUGUGGUUUGACACUUAUCGCCUUUGCAAGUUAUUUGCUUUAUUCCCUCCAUUCAACUUUUCCCGAAGUUAAAUUACAUGAAUAUGGAAUCGUAAUUGCAUUCUUAGUUUUUGGACUCGUCGUUUGUGUUCUAAGUUUCCUUGGCUGCUGUGGAGCUGCAACUGGAAAUGUGUGCAUGCUAACUACCUAUGCUGUUCUUAUUGCUGUUAUCUUUAUCCUUGACAUCGUGGCCAUCAUCCUCGGCUUUGUCUACAAAGACCAAAUUCCUUCUCUUACUAGAUCUGCUCUUAUUUCUGAAUUUGAAAAAUAUAAAAACGGUAGUGGAAUAGCCAUGGAGGCUAUUGAAUCGGUCUUUAUGUGCUGUGGUGUUGACGGCCCUUCUGAUUAUGGGACAAAUAUUUCUCAAAGUUGCGAGUCCUUUACUGAGGGCUGUGAUGCAAAAAUUCAGGAUUAUAUUGUUCGAUAUUCGGUCAUUCUAUUUAUCAUUGCAAUUUCAAUUGCAAUUUUCACAUUGGCAACCAUCGUGUGUGCAGCUUGUGUGGUUUCUGGAAUUAAGUCAUAUUUACCUGUUUAA